AUGGCAACUUUCAAUGUGGCGUUACCCGGAUAUAACCUAUUCCGGUUUAUCGGCAUUUCCCCCAAAGUGGCAACUCCCCUCGGAGUUAAUCUGAUAAGAUCUACCGGGCGGAAAAUGAACCCAGUAAAGAACAUCAUUGUUGUGGGCGGGUCGUUUGUGGGGCGGACCACGGCCCAAGAACUAGCCCGUGUAAUCCCUUCAACUCAUCGAGUGCUUCUUACCGAAAAUCAUAGUCAUUUUCAUCAUCUCUUCACCUUUCCUCGAUUUGCAAUUGUUCCAGGACAGGAGCACAAAGCCUUUAUCCCGUACAGUGGAAUUUUCAACAGCGCACCAAACCCAACGUCUCACGGGGUUGUCCCAGCUCGAGUGCUAUCUGUCAAGCCAACUCAUGUAGAGCUUGACCGUGAUUGGCAGGGCUCAAAACAAAUUCCGUUUGACUAUGUUGUUCUUGCUACGGGUACACGGCUCUCGAAGCCUGCUGGGAUGGAACAUGACGAUAAGCCUUCUUCUGUCGAGUACCUGCAGAAACACCAAGCCGGCGUCAAAGCAUCACAGUCAAUUCUGAUUGUUGGCGGAGGUGCUGUCGGUGUUCAGAUGGCAGCUGAUCUCAAAGAAUAUUACCCGAAUAAGGAGGUUACGAUAGUACAGUCACGGCCGAAGGUGAUGCCGAAUUUCCACCCGCAACUGCACGAGCUUAUCAAGCGACGAUUCGAUGAGUUAGGGAUCAAACUCAUUACUGGUUCACGCGUCAAACUUCCGCCAGGGGGCUUCCCUAAUGACGGUAGCACUUUCCAGGUACAGCUGACAAAUGGCACUACCGAGUCGACUCAAUUUGUGAUCUUGGCCACCGGGCAAACCCCGAACAACCAGCUGGUAGCCGAUCUGGAACCGUCUUCUUCGGACGCUGAAUCAAUUGUUAACCCACAAAAUGGGUUCAUUCGGGUCAGGCCAACGAUGCAGCUCUUAGAUAAAAAGUACUCGAAUCUCUUUGCUGUCGGGGAUAUCGCAGACACAGGUGCUCAGAAGGCGGCGCGCCCCGGAUCAGCACAGGCAGCGGUUGUCGUGAAGAAUAUCCAGGCCAUGAUAGAAGGCCGUACACCGGAAGAAACAUUUGUCAAGGGGCCGGGUGCUAUUCAUUUGACGCUAGGCAUGAGACAUAACGUGAUUUUCCGCAACCCCAAUCUUGCUGAGGGUCAGACGGAGCCGUGGAUUAACCCAAAGGAUGAUGGUCAAGAGGAUAUGAAUGUGGAAGCCAUGUGGGAGAGAUUGGGAGUAUCGGUUGAAAAUCCACGUCAAUAUCACCUAUAG